AAAUAAACACGGCUCUGCGUGGCCUGCUCAAACCAGAGACUAAUUAUGAUUUUAUGAAUGACUGUAUUCAUGCCUGGCCACGCCCCUUACCGCUUCACAGAGUCACACCCCACCCCUUUGGAAUGCACUGGCACGAAGCCCGAACAUAAUUGGCCGGAUAUAUGGAGGUGGGUGGAGCUUGAGAAGUCCACGCGCGUUUGCCAUAAAUAUAGACUGCGCUAUAACGCGCGGAUGAUCCGAGAUUUACCCAGAAAAAUUCAAAAGGAAUACCGGGACAUUUGCGUUUUAUUUGUUUUGUUGUGUUUUAUUUUAGUUUAUUAUUUCUUUUGACGUCUGCGUUUAAAAUUAAAAAAUAUGUGCCUUGCAUUCUUUGUCUAUUUAUACACUUAACAGAGCCUCUUGGCGCACCGUUUCAUAUUUGGAUUAUUGUCGUCAUUGUGUGACUUGAGUUUGCAAUAAUGAAGAAACUGACCUAUGUGGCUCUUUUAACAUUUGCAUCAGCUUGCAUGGUUGAUGCCAGCUGCCCAGCUGUGUGUAAAUGUCCAGCCAUGCCCCAGAUGUGCCCUGCUGGCGUGAGUCUGGUGUUUGAUGGUUGUGGGUGCUGUAAAGUGUGUGCUGCCCAACUCAACCAGGACUGCAAUACUCACAAGCCCUGUGACCACCAUAAGGGUCUGGAAUGUAACUACGGCAACGAUGUGAUGUUGGGAACAGGAAUAUGUCGAGCCAAACUGGAGGGCCGCAGCUGUGAGUACAACGGUCGAAUGUACCAGAAUGGCGAGAGUUUCCGUAUGGGCUGUAAACACCAGUGUACCUGUAUAGAUGGAGCAGUGGGUUGUGGUCCUCUCUGUACCACGAACCUGCCCCUGUCAUCACCCUCCUGCCCCUACCCUCGACUGGUGCGGGUGCCUGGCCAGUGCUGCUUUAGUGUGGACUGCCAUAAAGGGGCAAUAGCACCACUGAUGCCCCCAUGGAAAACAAAGCAGCAGGCUAAUGGUCCCCUAGACAAGAGCGAGAACGUGCUGGGGAAUGAGUUGUGGGAGAGGAGGAACGGAUGGGAAGAUGAACAGGGAUAUAAACACUUACCAAACCCAUGGGCCAUUGUUCAGACGCGAUGUGUGGUCCAGACGACCGACUGGUCUCCAUGUUCGAGUAGUUGUGGAAUGGGCGUGUCCUCUCGAGUAACCAACGACAACGCUCAAUGCAAGCUGGAGAGAGAGACCCGCCUGUGUAACGUACGACCCUGCAGCCCACUGGCUGCUGUGCCCAAGAAAGGGAAGAAGUGCACGCGCAUGCAAAAGUCACGAAAACCUGUUCACCUGUCCUACGCAGGCUGCCGUAGCGUCCAAGCUUACAAACCAAACUACUGUGGUGUGUGCACUGACGGGCGGUGCUGUGUGCCACGACGUACCCGUACCGCCUCAGUCCUUUUUCAGUGCCCUGGAGGAGGGAGUUUUGACAAAGCAGUCAUGUUCAUCUACUCCUGCAAGUGUGGACAAGACUGUGGGCACCUGAACGAAGCAGCCAUGCCACCUCAGAAGUGGCUUUAUGGAGACACACACAAGUUCAUUGACUAAUUUUCUGUGAAGACUUUCUAUGGCAUAAUUUGAACGUAUCAUGACGACAGUGCACAACACAUUUGCACUGAAAUGAGAACUUUUAAAUGUAGUUUAUCCCACACAGACCACUGCUGACUCAAGUGAAGCCAUAUAAAUAGAUUACAGUCCUGUUUUUUUGGGGGUUUUUUUUGCCUUGCAGGUUUGGUUGAGAGUUCUGCUGGUCAGCAAGUAUGAAUGGAUGCAUUGGUUUGUUGCAUAUAUAUUUUGUAGUUAUACUUAUGUAAGUAUUCUGUAACACUG